AAAAAACAAAAGGAAUCUGAGAAGAAGGAGCAGUUAAUCAAGAAAGCUGAUGACCUGUUACUGCAAUAUUUCAAAGCUCUAGUGGAAGACUACAAGAAAUACAGCGCCAUUGGCCAUAAAAAAUUGACUUUGACUGAGUACCUUGCGCAAGUUAGAGAUUUCAGCAGAAAGUAUCCGGGGAAACUUGAAUAUUUUUGGAAUAUGCGCGACUGGAUUAAAAGGAAGUUGGCAGGACAUUAUGAGGGAGGGAAAAUUCCAGAAACGAAGCCAAGGAAACCAAACCAUGGAAAGAUGCGGGAAGAAGAUCAGAGUGAAAUUUUUGCGAUAACGAAACCAAUGCAACCAAACCCACAGGAUGAAACGAGACUAAUGAAACCAAAUCCAGCAGAGAUGGAGAAAGAAGAUCAGAGACAAUCCUUGCCACCGACAUUCUCAAGAAAAGAAAGAGACCCGAGAUUACAAGCUUUAAUGGAAAAGUUGGAAAAAAUUCGGGGCGGCCUUCUGACACAUGAGGGUCCAAUCGUAAAAAGUGCGAUAACGAAAGUGGAAAGAAACUCCAAAGAGGAAAAGGAGCAGACAACGCGAAAGGGAAAACAUAUCGGUCUUCAGGCGGAAACAGCUUAUAAAACGGGACGUGGGUGGUCAAAGAAGAAUUUUCUGACAACGAAAACUCCAAAGUUUGAAAAAUCAAAAGUAACAAAAGCUCCUCCAACGCUCAAAGGAGCUUUCCGUACAGCCUAA